AUGGCUGAUGUUUUAUUUGAUCGAGCUGAUCUUAAUAGAGACCAACGACUUGAUAUAAAUGAAUUUCGCAAUCUUCUUGCACAAAAUUUAGGAGUUGGUGCAAAUAUGUAUACUGGAAAUGUUGUUGAUGAAGGUCGAUAUCCAACAGGUUCUUAUGAAACUUCAUCAACAGGUGCUUAUGGUGAUAUAAAUGCAGGUAUUGGAGGAUAUGCUGGUCUAGCAAGUACAAAUAUAACUGGAAUUGGUAAUACAAGUGAUAAUAUAAGUUAUAGUUCUUAUGAACCAGCAUCAUAUGCAUCAUCAAUAGGUGGUAUUACAGGUGGAUUUGAUGCAAAUGUAACAAAUGAUGGUGAUGGAGCAAAUGCAGCUGCUGGUGGAGGUACUUCAUUAUCAACAUUUGAAGGAAAUAAUACUCAACAACAACAAGUUUCACAAUAUGCUGCUAAUUCUCAAGGUCUUUAUCAAGAUCCUAAUCCACAAAUUAUACGACGUCCAGCACAAGGUGGACAAGUAACUUAUACACAAAAUAUUAAAAUACGUUUUCUUCAACCACCAGCUAUUCCACCACCAGGCCCAUUGAUCAUCAAAGAAGUACGAGCACCUCAACCCCCACCACCACCACCAUUGGUUGUUCGUCAACGUGCACCACCACUUCCUACACCACCUCCACUGGUUUUACGUGAACGACCACCUCCUAUACCAGCUUCUGCUGCUGCUCAAACUGUUAUUCGAAAAUUACCUGCUCUGCCAAUUCCACCUCGUUCAGUUGUUAUCGAACGAUUACCUGCACUUCCACCAAAACCUCGGGAUAUUAUAAUUGAACGUUGGGUUCCAUAUGGAGCAAUGACAAAACGUAAGACAAUUAUUCAACGUGCUGAAUCUAUUAAACCUUAUCCAAAACCACGCAAUAUUAUUAUUCAAUAUGAAGCACCACAAGUACGUGUUGUUCGACAAUUCCAACGUCUUGGUAUUACUCCAGAAAAUCCUCAAGAAUAUGUUCAACGUUAUGGAACAUCACUUCUUGAUGCUCAAACAUUGCUUCAACAAGCACGUACUGCUGGUGUUGUGGAAGAUAUUUCUCCACCAACAAAUAUUGGUACGGCAACAGCAGUAGCAGGGGCGAGUUCAUCAUCAUAUAAUGCUGACUUUGUUAGUGCUAAUUCAGGUAUUGAAACAGCUGGACCUGCUGGUUCAACAUCAGCAUUUGAUUCAUCAAAUUAUGCUGGUCAACAAGUAGGUGCUGGUUUUUCAGGUUAUGAAUCAGUUCAAGGUGGUAGUAUUGGUGGUUUGGUAUCACCAUAUGAAGCAAAUUCAUUUUCAUCACAAGGUAUUGCAGCAUAUAGUGAUAGCAAUCCAUCUGGUUAUCAAAAUUACAAUAUUUCAACUGGUAGUAAUAUUGAUUUAGCUAAUGCUGCAUUUAAAACUGCUGAUUUAAAUAAAGAUGGAUCACUUGAUAGUAAUGAAUUUCGUCAAUUCAUUAGUUCUCGAAAUCAGACAUUAAUUGAUUUGAUGAAUUCAAAGGAGAAAAAAAAAGGAAAAAUUUAUAUUCGACAAUAA